CCGUAUCAUGACGUCAUUCCUGUUUUUACUGUCAGUCACAAGAGGCUGCCUCAUUCUGUUGCAUUGAUGAUUAAAACUAGUCUAGGCUUACUAAAUUUAGUUCCUUAUUUAUUAGAUCUAAAAAUACAUAAUUCUUACACAAGAAAAUAUUUUCUGUUACUACUGACAUUUAUUAAAUUAAACAUUUACCUGCUGUUGCAGUGUUUCCUGUUUUUAGUAAUUUUAGUUAGGCAGUGUGAUAGGCAGAAGGCCUGAGAAGGGCUACAAAAUAAGUCUGUCAAUCAAACUAUAAAACUUUAUUUUAAUAGCAGCAGAUCUAGAUUUCGUGUGACAUGUCAAAUAUGGAGAAAAAUUUAUUCAACUUGAAGUUUGCAGCCAAAGAUCUGGAAAGGCAAGCAAAAAGAUCAGAAAAAGCAGAAAAAGAUGAAAAAUUAAAGCUAAAAAAAGCUAUACAAAAAGGAAAUUUAGAAGGUGCAAAAAUCCAUGCAGAGAACUCCAUACGCCAAAAAAACCAAGCCUUGAACUACAGAAGGAUGAGUGCCCGUAUUGAUGCCGUAGCUGCUCGCGUGCAGACAGCUGUCACCACCAGACAGGUGACAAAUUCCAUGGCUGGUGUUGUCAAGUCUAUGGAGUCUGCCAUGAAAUCUAUGAACCUUGAAAAGAUCUCCCAGCUAAUGGAUAGGUUUGAGCAGCAGUUUGAAAACUUGGAUGUCCAGUCACAAGUGAUGGAGAACACAAUGAUGAACUCAUCCACCCUCACAACCCCACAGAACCAGGUGGAUGCCUUAAUGCAGGAAGUUGCUGAUGAAGCUGGCUUGGAGCUGAACAUGGAUCUUCCAUCAGCCCAAGGGUCAGCCAUAGGAGCAACAGGAUCUACACAAGCUUCAGCAGAACAGGAUGAACUAUCCCAGCGCCUGGCCAAGCUGCGCCAAAUGUGAACCCAGGUGACUCAAUGUGUUGGAUCCUUAGAGACUCACAUCAUUAAACAUGAUGGAUGCUUUGGUUGGCCUCAAAACUUGAUUGUGUCAGUAAAACAAAAACUGCCAAUUAAAAACUGCACUGUACGUUAGAAGCCAUGGUUUAUGGAUGGAAUUUGUCUGUGCUUGUUCUUUUGUGCUAAGACUGUAACAGCAAUGGCAUGUGAGUCUACCAUAGUCUCAUCUCUUUUCACCUGUUUAUAUUUCCACCUCCACCAUAUGUUCUCAUCAAUCAAAUAUACUUUAUUGCAUACAUUUUCUAGAGAAAAAAAAGGGUCAAAAUAUACAACAAACCUCAAACAGAAUAGAUAAGUGGUGCUGAACACUACAGCACGUGUGUCUGUUAAAAUUAUUUUGACUUCAGGAUUUGGUCUUAGGCUUUCAAUAGCUGUAAAAUAGUGGUAGAAGACAUCAACAACACUUUUAAGUCUUUUGUUUAGUUUCACGAAUUGGAGAAAUUACUUGCACUUAGGUGCUAACAAUAAGCUUAGCGGCUGAAUUUAAACACAAUGGGUGCAGGACACCCACUACCUAC